AUUCUUCGAUUAAGGGCUGGGUGCAGCGUUGUGGGUUAAUGCUAAUUGCUAACCCGGACCAGUUUGGCGGCGAGGUGCAGAGUGCACGUGACAGAAAACUUUUCACCAAUUGCCGUCGGCGAGGACACUCCGACGCCGCUCGCGCGCUCUGCGACCGAGAAGGCGAGUAGUCGCGAGAGAGGGAGAGGUUGUGUGGCAGGGGAAGCGGCAAUGGACGGUGAGGAGCAGAGGGAGGGAAAUGCUUCUUAUUCCAUCAGCGUGAAGGGGAUGAACUUCGCCUACCAGGACCAACCGCCUCUCUUCACUGACUUUAACCUCACAAUCUCUUCCGGUUCCCGUUGCCUCCUCGUCGGCGCCAACGGAUCUGGGAAGACAACUUUAUUGAGAAUUUUGGCUGGAAAGCACAUGGUUGGAGGCAGAGAUGUAAUUAGAGUCCUCAAUUCUUCUGCUUUUCAUGAUACACAACUUGUUUGCAGCGGUGAUCUUGCUUAUCUGGGAGGUUCUUGGAGCAAGAAUGCUGGUUGUGCUGGGGAAAUUCCAUUGCAAGGCGAUUUCUCUGCUAAACAUAUGAUUUUUGGAGUCGAAGGGAUAGAUCCAGCUAGGAGAGAUAAGCUGGUUGAACUUCUUGACAUAAAUCUGCAGUGGCGGAUGCAUAAGGUUUCUGAUGGGCAGCGCCGUCGUGUUCAAAUAUGUAUGGGGCUUCUCCGUCCUUUCCAGGUGCUGCUACUGGAUGAAGUCACGGUGGACUUGGAUAUUGUUGCACGGCUUGAUUUGCUUGAUUUCUUCAAGGAAGAGUGCGAACAGAGAGGUGCCACGGUAGUUUAUGCCACCCAUAUAUUUGAUGGCUUGGAGACAUGGGCCACUCAUCUGGCCUACAUUAUAGACGGCGAACAGAAGCGUCUUGAGAAGCUCUCAGAGUUGGAAGAAUUGAACACCGGCACGACCCUGCUCUCCGUUGUAGAGUCUUGGCUGCGUAGCGAGUGCAAGGACAGGAGGAAGAAAGUGGUGAAACCCACGAGUCAACAGUUCAGCAGCACCUCGCCCUUUGAUGGCUCCCCCUUCAGGUCAUCUAGGCACCUGGCUUACUUUCGCUAGGUGAUCCGAUCAGUUGGUUGGUUAAUCGCAUUUCUGGUACGAGUUCCAUUCAUUUGAGGUGAGUACUGCACCUAUUCACCUUCAAUUGGUACAUCGCGGUCAAAGGCGUGCAUGAUUGUUAGUCUCAACUGUAUCACGUUCAAGUUCUUUAUGUGGAAGUCUUAGAGGCAUCCCUGCAUUGGGAUGAACACAUUUUCAUUCAUCCCAACUACUCAUACUUCACAGAGGGACCUCCAUUCUUGAUUAUGUCUUUAAAUUGAGAAAAUAUAUCCUUUUCCGUUAAUAAGAAGAGAAAAGAUUGAGCUUUUUGACGUUGUUCA